AAAACAAUUUUAUUUUUCAAUUAGUUUACAAAGUUUGUUUGCUAUUAAACAGAACAAAAAAUUAAUCAGAGUUUAAAAAAAAAAUUGUUUUUAAAAAAUUGAAAUUUUCAAUCAAGUGAAAAUGUUUCCUCAAUCUGAAUUGGAUAAUUAUAAAUUACAAGUGGAAUUGUUACAAGAAAAAUUACAAAGAAGUGAAAUAUCACGUCAACAAUUGGAGCAUAAAUUAGAUAAAAUAUUACAAAAACGUGAGGAACACGAUAAAUCUGUACGAUCGAAGACUAGACAAAAAUAUCAACAGUUUCUGGAAGAGCAACAACGAAGAAAUGAACGCAAUAAACAAUUAGUACAAAUGUUGGAGCGUAUUGAACAACAAACGGAAAUCAUGAAUGCUAGAAGUGAAAGACUAAAGAUGAUGAAACUACAAUAUGAAAUGUACUUUGCCAAACUGGUGCAUUCACAAACAAGAAGAUGUAUACAAAAUUCAGUGACACCAAUGAUGGCCACAACUUCUGGACAACCGGUAGUGUCGGCAGUGCAACCGGUAGUUAUGGACGAUUAUAAUUUUGCACGAAAUCAAGAGUUAUCAGCAAAAGCAGCAGCCCCUUUAGUAAACAAUUCAUAUCAAAAUUAUGCUGCCCCACUAGUUAAUAGUGAAAAGGAACAAAUUUUAAGAACUCAACCAGAUAAUAUAAAUUUGGGCACCAUGGAUAUGCCUACACUAGCUAAUUUUGUUGCAAACGAAAGAAAUAAUUAUAUGGAUUUUAGAAAUCUUAAUACAGUACCUUCUAUACCAACACAACAAUCUUACCAGUAUCCAGUUAAAUAUGAACAACCUAAUGGUAAUAAUAUACAACUUCCAAUGCAGAACAAUAAUUAUAAUAGAAUGGAAUCACCUGUGAGUAGUGCGACAAGUCCUAUAGUUAAUUCUAGGAGAACUCUUUCUUCUGUAACUAAUUUAUUGCCCAAUGAUAAACUGAAUGCAGAUUUGAAAGAACCAUCAAAUUUAUCGACUACUACCACCUCUUCUACAUUUGAAGAAAUACCAAAUGUUAGUAUGAGACCACAAAUAUCAAAUCAAAAUUUAAGAGAAUUACCAAAUAAUGUAGCUAUCGAUGAAAAAUCAAAUCAUUUAAUGAAUAACAAUGUUAUACGACAAGUUAAUGAAAAUGUCCAGCCCUUGGAGAAUAAAACGCAAGCUAUAAAUGAAACAACUUUAAGACCAAUAAAUUCUAAAGAUGAUAAUUCAUUUAAAGCUCCAGAAUUGAAUAAUCAAAGUAAUAAAAGUCCAGCUCUUAAUGAAGUUAAUAACUUUGAAACAGUAGUAGAUAAUCCAACAACUUCUAUACAACUAGAACCAACAAAACCGAUCGAUGAACCCUCUCCAACUUCUUACAAUACAAACAAUGUUAAUAGUCAACCUGAACCUAUGACACAGACAACUAUUACAAAAGAAUCCUUUUUAGCUACUUCUAAUACUGAAUCAAACUCUUCCACUACACCCGUGUCAAUAGAAAACAUUGAAAAUGCUAUUUAUGGUGAGUUGUUAUCACCCUUAGAAACUGAAGAAGUACCAAUUUCUGAGAAUUCUAAUGUAGAUCCAAAGUUAUUGGAAAAUUUAGUGACACAAGAGGAAAAUAUAGAAACAAAUAAUAUUCCUUUAGAAGAAAUAAUCUUAAAUAAAGUUAAGGCAUUAGAUAAUAAUGAUACUACAGCAGCCAAUUUUCCAGAGAAUGAACAAAGUGCAAAUACACAAAAUUAUGAACAAAAUCUAACUUAUGAUGAAUACAAUAACGCCCAACAACAACAACCUAAAGUUACAGAGACAACGGCAGCAGAUUAUAACAACUAUGAAAAUGUGGAUAAUACAGCAAUAGUUGAUAGUCAACAGCAGCAGCAAUAUGAUUAUAGCAAUUAUGAUCCCACACAAUAUUCUUAUCCAGGUUAUAUUUAUGAUGAAACUACAGGAGAAUACAAACCCGAUCCAAAUGCAACAGCCGAACAAUAUGCUACAGAUCAACAAUAUAACACUGAGGGUUAUGAUCAGCAAUAUCAACAGCAAGAAGUUUAUGACUAUAAUCAAACUUAUGCUGAAGAUCCAACAACAUCAGCUCCAGCUAGUGCAGAAAAUACAGCAUAUAAUAAUUAUGAUGCAACCGCUUUACAGGAGAACUCUUCAAAUAAUAUAACGUCAGAUACUAAUGCUGAACAACAACAAUCUUUAACAGAACCAGAAGCUAUUGCUGUACAACCGGAAAUUUCAACAGAAGAAAUUCCUCAGCAAACUUCCACUAAUAAAGUUAAUAAACCAACAUCAAUUCUAUCUUCCACGGACAAGAAUAAUAAUACACAAAAGAAAAAGAAACGUGUUAAUUUUGUCGAUAGUAGAGAAACGGAUGAAAGUGCGCUAGUUGAGAAGGCAGCUGUUUCCAAAGCGGAAAAUACAGCUGGAGCUUCAAGUGAAAGUGAUUUUGAUUUCUCAUCAAGUACAGAUGCUGAGCCAAAAGCUACUUAACGUAAUGAUUUAUUAAUUAUGAUUUUUAUGAUAAACUAUUAUUGAAUUGAUUUGGAAAUAAAUAUUAAUGAUUUGCUUU